UUAAAUUAUAGGCAAAUUGGGUUUCAGAAAGGCGUUUUUGGGCAAGAAAUUACCAAAUAUGAGCUCAUCAAGGAGAGUUUCCAGUAUGAAAAAACAAAAUUAUCACAGGAGAAUAAAUUCUGCAAAUAUGUUCAUCGUAUAUGCAUGCAAAACAGACUCGAUGGUUAUGAAUACUGCAUUCGCCACAUUUUAGAAGACAAGAGUGCACCAUUUAAACAGUGCUGUUUUAUACAUCCUCAGAGAGGUAGAAGAUGUCCAAAUGCUGCACCAAAAACAGAAAAGAAAGAUAACAGUUUAUGUCCAUUACAUAUAAAGUUGUUAUGGAGCAAACGCCAACUGAAACGAAAAGAAUGUCCAACAGAAUCAACAGCAUCUCUUCUAGAAUCUUUGGAACAUUACUGUCAAGACCACCAUGACACUGAAAAAUAUCCCUUUAAUUCCUCAAGACAGACAAAAAAUAAACAUGGAACUCAUCUAGAUAUUCAUGCUGGUUACAGCAGUGACAGUAACAGUGAAAAAGAUGGAAUGUUUGUUGACCAGCUGUGGAAAGGAGAUGAUGAAAGUGAUGCUGAAAGUGUAGAAAAUGAAUUGGAAGAUCCCCUUAAACAUGCUGGAGUCUAUACUGCUGAAGAAGUAGUCCAAAUUACAAGGGAGAAGUUGAUACGACUCCAAUCGCUUUACAUCGAUCAAUUCAAGUGGCUUCAGCAUGUUCUUCAUGAGAAAAGAAGAGACUAUCUUCGUAGUGUUAAGCAAGAAAAAGAAACGAUGGGAAGCAUUAGCAGUAGUUCACAUCCAACACCAACCGAGAUGAAAACCUAUCAGAAGCUAAAGGCACUUCACAGGUAUCACAGACAGUACGGUAGAGAAGCUCUUCUGAAACACCAAGCAAAAGAGAGGAGGAAGGAGAUAGCGGAUGGAACCAAGUAUGCUGCUCCUGUUGUACCUCAAUGUAUUCACAACUCUGGUGAUCAGAGGUGCACUAAGUCAGCUUUACCUUCAAGCAAAUUUUGUCUUACUCAUAUAAUUGUGGAUCCCCAACAGGUAUUAUAUAAGCCUUGUGGGGGAGAGAAAGGGGAAUGUAAAACUCCUAUCAUACCUUUGGAUGAGGAUUCUGCAUGCAUACUUCAUGCAAGGCUUUCUGCAAAACUACAUGCUGAAAACCUUUGGGUAAAGACUAGAGAUAAGAUAUCUGGUGAUGUGGCAGCAACAACAGAUGCUUUAAUACAAGAAUCAGAACAUUUUCAGUCAAUGGAUGAUAUUGCUGCUCUUGGUUUGGAUGUUGUCCAGCCUGGUUCAUUGUUUGGUUUAGAUCAGUUUGGUGACUUGGGUGACUCAGGAGAUUUAACACUCACCGAAUCUCCAGGUGAUCUAUUAAAUCAGCUGACCGUGGAUGAUUUCUGUGAUACCCACAAGUCUCUUGAUUGUAUUGAAGAAAAAUUAGGUCCACACUAGAAUGAAUCUGUAUAGUUUGUUGAUUAAAGAAAUUAAUUAUAUAAAUCAAACUGGAAAAGGCUUAGUCAUCAUCAUUUUGUUUCAUGAAAUGUUUUCCCUUUGGUUCAUUUGUUGUUGUUGUGAUUUUUAAUCAUCAAGAAUAAAUUUAAUUUAAUUUUUGUUUUGUUUUUUCACAUAUCAUGGUAUACUUGUUUAGUGGAGCAUUUGAAACCUUAAUGAUUUCUCACCUCAUGACAUGAAUCAUAGUAGACCUUACCUAAAUUAACUCACACUAAAACUUGGGCCAUUUCACAGUAUCAUUUAAAUAAUUCAGGAUACAAAUGGCCCUGUAGGGACACAAAUGUUAAAUACCAGUUUUUUUAGGCUAACAGUUUAUAUUUCAGAGCAUUUGGGCUGCUACAUAAUGUUAUUAAAAAUAUAAU